GCUAGAGGGAGACAGCGUUUCUUGUGGGACGUCUUGUCUGCUCAGAGGACAGUCUUUGCCUUCAUGUUCUUGUUUGUGCUUCUUAACGCUUAUUAAUCAGCGAUAGGAAAAUAGCAGGUAUUUUUCUCUGUCCGUGUCUGCCACAAAUACAACCAGGACCGAGGAGAAGCCGCUGGAGGAGGAGCCGUCGUUGGAGAGAUUUGAGAUCAAGUUAACUUCGUUUCAGACAGCGGGCGGCUCUGGUCCUGUGUGGCCGUCAGAAGCAGCGGUCUGCUGGGGCCAGUAGUGGCAGCCGGGUACGGACAGUCACCGCAGACAGGCAGUCAGUCAGUGUGUCAGUCAGUCAGUCGAGGCUGUGUGUACAUAUGACACAGACUGCUGUAGUGUGAGCGACUGCCGUCAACCCUCUUCGCCGCCUCUGCGCCGAUGCUCGCCGUCAUUCGCGCCUGAGUUUGGAGCCUGGAAAGACGACACUGCUGUGGAUAUGGAAUGGUGCAUGCCGCUGGGCCAAGAGUGCUGCCUCUGAACCACACCGCAGUCAUGGACAGUCACCCGCUGUGCUCAAGACUUUGUCCACACAGUCUGGACAAAGAAGAUGGCGUCGAAAGGCAAGGUCCCAUCACUUUCAACCACCGACAUAUGAGGAAAGCAUUUAAAAUCAUGAACGAGCUACGCAGCCAAAAUUUGUUGUGUGAUGUAACCAUAGUGGCAGAAGAUGUAGAGAUCGCUGCUCACAGAGUGGUUCUGGCUGCUGGUAGUCCCUACUUCCAUGCUAUGUUCACAGGGGAGAUGACGGAGAGCAGGGCCAAAAGAGUGAGAAUAAAAGAGAUGGAUGGUUGGACUCUGGGUCUGCUGAUAGACUACAUCUAUACAGCAGAGAUACAGGUCACUGAGGACAACGUGCAGGCGUUGCUACCAGCAGCCGGCCUGCUGCAGCUGAAUGAGGUGAAAAAGGCUUGUUGUGAGUUCCUGAGCUCCCAGCUUCAUCCGUCCAACUGUCUGGGGAUACGAGCCUUUGCUGACCUACACGCCUGUUCCCAGCUUCUCGCCCAGGCCAACAGCUACGCAGAGCAACAUUUCACAGAGGUGGUUGGCAGUGAAGAGUUCCUGAACUUAGGCAUGGAGCAAAUUUCUAGCCUGAUAGCCAGCGACAAGCUCACUAUCCCCACAGAAGAAAAGGUUUUUGAAGCAGUCGUAGCUUGGGUCAACCACGACAAAGAUGUCCGUCAGGAACACCUGGCUCACCUGAUGGAGCACGUACGCCUCCCUCUCCUAUCCAGGGAGUAUCUGGUGCAGCGUGUGGAGGAGGAGUCUCUGAUUAAGAACAGCAGUGCUUGUAAAGACUACCUGAUAGAGGCCAUGAAGUACCAUCUCCUGCCCGCUGACCAGAGAGCUCUCAUGAAGACUGUACGCACACGGAUGAGGACUCCUGCCUGUUGUCCUAAGGUAAUGGUGGUGGUUGGAGGCCAGGCUCCUAAGGCAAUACGCAGUGUUGAAUGUUACGAUUUUGAAGAGCAGCGAUGGUACCAAGUGGCUGAACUCCCGACCAGGAGGUGCAGAGCAGGUGUAGUAUAUGUGGGAGGUUGUGUGUAUGCAGUCGGGGGUUUCAAUGGUUCUCUGCGUGUAAGGACAGUGGACUGCUAUGAUCCAAUGAUGGACCGAUGGACCAGUGUGAGCAGCAUGCAGGACAGGAGGUCAACACUUGGCGCUGCUGUGCUCAAUGGACUCCUUUAUGCUGUGGGAGGCUUUGACGGCAGCACAGGUUUAUCAACAAUCGAAGCGUACAAUGCUAAGACCGACGAAUGGUUCCAUGUGUUACCCAUGAGUACCCGCCGGAGUAGUGUAGGUGUGGGUGUUGUAAAUGGAAUUCUUUAUGCUGUUGGUGGUUAUGAUGGAGCCACCAGACAAUGUCUAAGUACAGUGGAGGCUUACAACCCAAAAAGUAACACGUGGAACUACAUUUCUGAGAUGGGCACAAGACGCAGUGGAGCAGGUGUGGGUGUGUUGAAAGGUUUACUCUAUGCUGUGGGGGGACACGAUGGUCCGUUAGUGAGGAAGAGCUGUGAGGUUUAUGAUCCAGCCUCAAACAGCUGGCGACAAGUAGCUGACAUGAACAUGUGUCGUCGCAACGCAGGUGUUUGUGCGGUGAACAAUGUGUUGUAUGUGGUGGGAGGGGACGAUGGCAGCUGUAACUUGGCUUCUGUGGAGUUUUAUAAUCCAAACUCGGACAAAUGGACACUGCUGCCGACCUGCAUGAGCACAGGGCGUAGCUACGCAGGUGUGACUGUGAUUGACAAGCCUCUAUGACUGUUUCUGACACAUGCCACUGAUUGAUACAGAAUGUAUUCUCCUAAUACUCAUCUUGGAUCGAUUUAUGAUGCCAAUGCUUCGAUGUUCAGGCAGCAUUAGCACAGGCACUGAGACGGUUCAAGAAAAUCACAAGGUUGUUGAUGCCGAAGAUGACAAUGAAGAUUUUUGCACACACCUUGGCAAGCAGGGAGAGAGGGCACGUGUGUUUCAAUCCCCUGCUGUCGGGACUGCAGCAGCGAGUGGACAUUUCAGUUUGAAACACCACUGUACCAAUGUAGUGCCAUUGAAAUGGUACUGAAAUGAAGCUACUGUAACUGCAAAGGACCUUUGACAUUGCUCAAGUUAACAGGAACCAGCUCUAAGAAAGACCACUGACUUAAUCUAUGGGGGAGGAAAGCUGAGAAUGUUUAUUCUGGACUAAAACAUGGUUUUUCUUUUGUUUUUAUCCUCUUUAUAAGUGUGUGUGUAUGUGUUGAGUGUGUGUGCUUGCAUUUAAAAGGUGCUCCAUUGCUUGCAUAUGUGAUAUUUAAACAUAUGUGUUUGUUUGCAUCUGAGUCUCUUGUGUGGUGACACCAGAACCAAUGCCGCAUGAGCACAAGUUGUCUGACCUCUUGACCUUUGCAGUUUUGCAGUAUUGUUUCUCAAGAGUGCCUGAAUGUCAUGUUUGGAGCCCUUCUCUUAUGCCUUGAGUACUGUCACUGGACAGAGCACAGCUGGACGCGAGAUAGAGAAAAGUGAUGUAAGUGUUGAGUUGCAUUAAUUUGCAUGAAUUCAGACCAGCUUUGUUAAAAGUGGUUGCAGAAAAUGUCUUUUUCUUUUUUUUAUUUAAGAAUGAAGGACUAUUAUUGGGAUGCCAUCUCUACUGGUUAAGAAGUUGCCUUGUUCCAUUUUGCCAAACACAGUGACAAAGGGAGGAGCUAGUAAGAUAUGAAGAACAGUUGGCUGCAUUAGUGCUUCACUGUCACGUGGCAGCGGUCUUUACUGUGGUUGUAACCACUAAUGACAACAAAAGCCUGAAGUCACUGCAUGAUCCCAAUCUGGAACAUCUUUAUCUCCAACUGUCUCUAAAUCACUCUACUGAUCUGUUAUCUCUCUCUGUAAAGUGACCAAAUGUAUUUGUGAUUUUCUUUUUAUUCUCUUCCUUCUCCUUCCUUUGUUAAAAAUACUAUAACAGUAACUGAUAUUGCUGUUUCCUGUCAGUGUAUUGAGGAAUGUCAUGUAGGCUAAUGACUUUGAUAAGAUCAUUACCUGUUUUAUAUUAUAAUUAAUAAAUAUGCUUCUUGUAUUUAAAGCUGUGAAAAAACACUAUCUGUUUUUAAAACAUUGCCAAAUCAGUAAAACAUUGAAAUGGAAAUUGUUUGUGACUGUCUUCAUUCAAUUUGUUCGUAAAUCAUUUAUC